AUGCAACUCCCUGACUGUAUUUGGAAAUUGACAGCUAUUUUGGCAAAUUCAAGAGAUGAAAAGGAACUGAAACAUGUAUGGGUAGAAUGGAGAAAGGCCCUUAGCAAGUGCAAAGCAGAUUAUAUUCCCUACGUGACCUUAUCUAACCAGGCAGCUAAAUUAAACAACUUUACUAAUAAUGCGGAACUGUGGCUCUUAGACGACGAAGACGAUACUUUCAAAGACCAAGUACAAGCUUUAUGGGAGCAAGUGAAGCCUUUAUACUUAGAACUUCACGCCUAUGUGAGGUUCAAGCUAAGACAAAAAUAUGGAGAUGUUGUCCCGGAGAAGGGACCAAUUCCUGCUCAUUUAUUAGGAAAUAUGUGGGCACAAGCAUGGGUCAAUAUUGCAAGCUUCACAUUACCAUAUCCAGAUGUUGUUGAUUAUGAUAUAACUGCAGAAAUGUUGAAACAGAACUUCACAGCAAAGAAAAUAUUUGAAACGGCCGAAAGUUUUUUCAAGUCUAUCAAUUUAACAGCUAUGCCCGAUCUGUUCUGGCAGAGAUCAAUCAUAGAGAAGCCAAAGGAUAGGGAAAUCAUUUGUCAUGCCUCAGCCUGGGACUUCUUCGAUGGAAAGAACUUCAGGAUUAAAAUGUGUACUGACGUUAAUUAUGAGGAUAUGAACACAGCUCACCACGAAAUGGGACACAUAGAGUACUUUUUACAGUACCGCGAUCAGCCUAUUCCAUACCGGACUGGAGCUAAUAAUGCAUUUCACGAAGCUGUUGGAGACCUGAUUUCUUUAUCAUUCAGUUCCACCAAACAUUUGCGGAAAAUUGGACUAAUAACAUCCAAAACUGAUAACAAUGAACAGAUUCUCAACAACUUAUACAAGAUUGGUUUAAAAAAAAUCGCAUUCUUGCCAUUCGGAUACUUGAUCGACUUGUGGCGAUGGGAUAUCUUUGCAGGAAAAACUACUCCUGAAAACUACAACUGUAAGUGGUGGGAACUAAGGGAAAAAUACCAAGGAAUUGAACCUCCAGUUGAUCGGUCUGAAGAAGAUUUUGAUCCAGCUGCAAAGUACCACGUAGUUGCAGACGUUUCGUAUCUCAGGUACUUCAUAAGCUUCGUCAUUCAGUUCCAGUUCCAUAAAGCUGUGUGCGAAAAAGCAGGAGAAUAUGAGCCAAAUAAUCCUAAAAAACCUUUACAUGAAUGUGAUAUUUAUCAGAAUACUGAUGCUGGUAACGCUCUUAAGAAAAUGCUUGAAAUGGGUGCUUCUAAACCAUGGCCGGAUGCAAUGGAAGCUUUGACAGGUCAAAGAACCAUGGACGCUAGUGGAAUUUUGGAAUAUUUUAAACCUCUUACCAAAUGGUUGAAGCAAGAGAAUGCCAAAAAUGGAGUUCAAGUUGGUUGGGAAAAGAGCAAAAGAGUAUGCGUAAGGACUAGGCAGGAGUUAGUCUCAAAGGAUAAAGUAACCAUGGUGGCUGUGAUAGCCAUAAUUCUGUAUUUUGUUCUUGCCGCCAGUGGCAAGGAUUCGAAUAUAGAAGAGGAAGAAGCAGCUGCUUAUAAUUUUAUAAAAGUGACUAAUAAAAAGAUUCAGGAAAAUCUGAAUAAGGCAAUGAUAGCUGACUGGAAUUAUGCUUCUAACAUUACGGAUUAUAAUCUUGAAAUUACUUUAAAUGUAACUGCGGAAGUCGCCCAACAAGGUAAAGAAAUCUGGAAGCAAGUGAAGCAGUUCGAUUGGAAACGCUUCUCUUCUACCGAUCUGAGGAGGCAGUUUAAGUCCUACUCACUUCUUGGACGCGCAGCCUUACCAGAAGCAGAACUCAAGGCUUUGAACAAACAUAUUAGUGACAUGGAAUCUGUGUACUCCAAGGCAAAAAUUUGUGAUUAUAACAACAAAACCAACUGCGAUCUAGCUUUAGAACCUGAAUUGACAGCUAUUUUGGCAAAUUCAAGAGAUGAAAAGGAACUGAAACAUGUAUGGGUAGAAUGGAGAAAGGCCCUUAGCAAGUGCAAAGCAGAUUACAUUCCCUACGUGACCCUAUCUAACCAGGCAGCUAAAUUAAACAACUUUACUGAUAAUGCGGAAGUGUGGCUCUUAGACUACGAAGACGAUACUUUCAAAGACCAAGUACAAGCUUUAUGGGAGCAAGUGAAGCCUUUAUACUUAGAACUUCACGCCUAUGUGAGGUUCAAGCUAAGACAAAAAUAUGGAGAUGUUGUCCCGGAGAAGGGACCAAUUCCUGCUCAUUUAUUAGGAAAUAUGUGGGCACAAGCAUGGAUCAAUAUUGCAAGCUUCACAUUACCAUAUCCAGAUGUUGUUGAUUAUGAUAUAACUGCAGAAAUGUUGAAACAGAACUUCACAGCAAAGAAAAUAUUUGAAACGGCCGAAAGUUUUUUCAAGUCUAUCAAUUUAACAGCUAUGCCCGAUCUGUUCUGGCAGAGAUCAAUCAUAGAGAAGCCAAAGGAUAGGGAAAUCAUUUGUCAUGCCUCAGCCUGGGACUUCUUCGAUGGAAAGAACUUCAGGAUUAAAAUGUGUACUGACGUUAAUUAUGAGGAUAUGAACACAGCUCACCACGAAAUGGGACACAUAGAGUACUUUUUACAGUACCGCGAUCAGCCUACUCCAUACCGGACUGGAGCUAAUAAUGCAUUUCACGAAGCUGUUGGAGACCUGAUUUCUUUAUCAUUCAGUUCCACCAAACAUUUGCGGAAAAUUGGACUAAUAACAUCCAAAACUGAUAACAAUGAACAGAUUCUCAACAACUUAUACAAGAUUGGUUUAAAAAAAAUCGCAUUCUUGCCAUUCGGAUACUUGAUCGACUUGUGGCGAUGGGAUAUCUUUGCAGGAAAAACUACUCCUGAAAACUACAACUGUAAGUGGUGGGAACUAAGGGAAAAAUACCAAGGAAUUGAACCUCCAGUUGAUCGGUCUGAAGAAGAUUUUGAUCCAGCUGCAAAGUACCACGUAGUUGCAGACGUUUCGUAUCUCAGGUACUUCAUAAGCUUCGUCAUUCAGUUCCAGUUCCAUAAAGCUGUGUGCGAAAAAGCAGGAGAAUAUGAGCCAAAUAAUCCUAAAAAACCUUUACAUGAAUGUGAUAUUUAUCAGAAUACUGAUGCUGGUAACGCUCUUAAGAAAAUGCUUGAAAUGGGUGCUUCUAAACCAUGGCCGGAUGCAAUGGAAGCUUUGACAGGUCAAAGAACCAUGGACGCUAGUGGACUUUUGGAAUAUUUUAAACCUCUUACCACAUGGUUGAAGCAAGAGAAUGCCAAAAAUGGAGUUCAAGUUGGUUGGGAAAAGAGCAAAAGAGUAUGCGUAAGGACUAGGCAGGAGUUAGUCUCAAAGGAUAAGCCCAAGGAAUCCACAGUAACCAUGGUGGCUGUGAUAGUCAUAAUUCUGUAUUUUGUUCUUGCCGCCAGUGGCAAGGAUCCGAAUAUAGAAGAGGAAGAAGCAGCUGCUUAUAAUUUUAUAAGAGUGACUAAUAAAAAGAUUCAGGAAAAUCUGAAUAAGGCAAUGAUAGCUGACUGGAAUUAUGCUUCUAACAUUACGGAUUAUAAUCUUGAAAUUACUUUAAAUGUAACUGCGGAAGUCGCCCAACAAGGUAAAGAAAUCUGGAAGCAAGUGAAGCAGUUCGAUUGGAAACGCUUCUCUUCUACCGAUCUGAGGAGGCAGUUUAAGUCCUACUCACUUCUUGGACGCGCAGCCUUACCAGAAGCAGAACUCAAGGCUUUGAACAAACAUAUUAGUGACAUGGAAUCUGUGUACUCCAAGGCAAAAAUUUGUGAUUAUAACAACAAAACCAACUGCGAUCUAGCUUUAGAACCUGAAUUGACAGCUAUUUUGGCAAAUUCAAGAGAUGAAAAGGAACUGAAACAUGUAUGGGUAGAAUGGAGAAAGGCCCUUAGCAAGUGCAAAGCAGAUUACAUUCCCUACGUGACCCUAUCUAACCAGGCAGCUAAAUUAAACAACUUUACUGAUAAUGCGGAAGUGUGGCUCUUAGACUACGAAGACGAUACUUUCAAAGACCAAGUACAAGCUUUAUGGGAGCAAGUGAAGCCUUUAUACUUAGAACUUCACGCCUAUGUGAGGUUCAAGCUAAGACAAAAAUAUGGAGAUGUUGUCCCGGAGAAGGGACCAAUUCCUGCUCAUUUAUUAGGAAAUAUGUGGGCACAAGCAUGGAUCAAUAUUGCAAGCUUCACAUUACCAUAUCCAGAUGUUGUUGAUUAUGAUAUAACUGCAGAAAUGUUGAAACAGAACUUCACAGCAAAGAAGAUAUUUGAAACGGCCGAAAGUUUUUUCAAGUCUAUCAAUUUAACAGCUAUGCCCGAUCUGUUCUGGCAGAGAUCAAUCAUAGAGAAGCCAAAGGAUAGGGAAAUCAUUUGUCAUGCCUCAGCCUGGGACAUCUUCGAUGGAAAGGACUUCAGGAUUAAAAUGUGUACUGACGUUAAUUAUGAGGAUAUGAACACAGCUCACCACGAAAUGGGACACAUAGAGUACUUUUUACAGUACCGCGAUCAGCCUACUCCAUACCGGACUGGAGCUAAUAAUGCAUUUCACGAAGCUGUUGGAGACCUGAUUUCUUUAUCAUUCAGUUCCACCAAACAUUUGCGGAAAAUUGGACUAAUAACAUCCAAAACUGAUAACAAUGAACAGAUUCUCAACAACUUAUACAAGAUGGGUUUAAAAAAAAUUGCAUUCUUGCCAUUCGGAUACUUGAUCGACUUGUGGCGAUGGGAUAUCUUUGCAGGAAAAACUACUCCUGAAAACUACAACUGUAAGUGGUGGGAACUAAGGGAAAAAUACCAAGGAAUUGAACCUCCAGUUGAUCGGUCUGAAGAAGAUUUUGAUCCAGCUGCAAAGUACCACGUAGUUGCAGACGUUUCGUAUCUCAGGUACUUCAUAAGCUUCGUCAUUCAGUUCCAGUUCCAUAAAGCUGUGUGCGAAAAAGCAGGAGAAUAUGAGCCAAAUAAUCCUAAAAAACCUUUACAUGAAUGUGAUAUUUAUCAGAAUACUGAUGCUGGUAACGCUCUUAAAAAGAUGCUUCAAAUGGGUGCUUCUAAACCAUGGCCGGAUGCAAUGGAAGCUUUGACAGGUCAAAGAACCAUGGACGCUAGUGGACUUUUGGAAUAUUUUAAACCGCUUACCACAUGGUUGAAGCAAGAGAAUGCCAAAAAUGGAGUUAAAGUUGGUUGGGAAAAGAGCAAAAGAGUAUGCGUAAGGACUAGGCAGGAGUUAGUCUCAAAGGAUAAACCCAAGGAAUCCACAGAAUAAUUAGCUAAAUUUCAGGAAAAGUGAAAUUAAUAUGUAUUAUAAAUGAUAUAUUAAACGAAUAUUUUUAUUUAA